GCCACUAUCCUUGUCCCUACCUUACCCUCUGUAGACAACCUUUGUUUUUAUCAACUAAGCGUAAAUAAUUUAGAAAAUAGUUGAUGAAAUUACAAUUUUUAUUCAAGACAUUGUCUUCAAUAUUUUUGUGUGAAAAAUGAUGAAAUGACAGAAGAUUUUGACGAAACUGAUUGUUUUGUCAAAAAAAAUUAUAUAGAUGCUGCAAAAUCAAAAACAAAUGGAGUUAUGCCUUCUACAAAUUAUGAAUUUGAAAAAAAAGAUAAUUUAAUAACAAUUAAAGAUGAUUUAGAAGUACUAAAAUUGCAUGAUAACUUGCCAUUCCGAUCUCCUAUGGAAUCAAACGAGUCCUUCAAUCAGCCCAGAAAUGUUUUGUGUAAAACUAUAGAUGAAUCAAAUUGUUGUUUCAAAGAUGAAAUCGAGCAAAGUCGUAUUUUUUUAAAAGAAUCUGAGUCUUGGAUGUGUUUUGUUAAUGAAGAAUUUAUAAAUCACGAUUAUAUUACACAAAAAAACAUUGAUCAUAGUAAUUUGGAAACUAAAUUUGAAAAAAUCUAUGUAAAAGAUGAUCAUACUUUUAAUACACAUGUUUUGUUUUGUGAUUUACAUAUAAAUUCACUUCCACACGAGUUACUACUUAGAAUUUUUUCGUUUUUUUCUCAAAGAGAACUUUGUUUAUUCGUUGCUCCUGUGUGUUCAUUAUGGUUUAGCUUGACAAAGGAUUCUUCGUUUUGGGAUUCCAUACAUUCUGUGGAUUAUGAAGACGUUAGCAGUUCUUUAUUAUGUAAAGUACUUGUUUCUUGGUGCCGUCAUGUAACAACACUUGAGCUUGACAAAAGAUGUGAUCUUUCAUAUAAUGAUUUUCAAUUAAUUUUUCAAAACUGUUCUAAUAUAAAUAAUUUAUCAUUAGUGUUUUGCUCACAAAUUAAUGCUGAUAUCUUUAGUUUAGUUGGAAAAUAUUUAAAAGAAUUAAACUCUAUAAGUAUCGAAGGUUGCCAUGAAGUUUCAGAUCAUUCACUUUAUCAUUUGAUAGGGUUACCUCUUAAACACUUUAAUUUAGCUUAUUGUAACAGGAUAAGUGAUGAUGGAGCCAUUUUUAUUGCUAGAAAUUUUUCAAGUUUGUUUUUUAUUAAUCUUGAUGGCGUUCAGUGGAUUACAGAAAGUUUUAUUGAAGUUCUAGUGCAAAAACAUUUUCAUUCACUUGAAGAAAUUUUUUUGGAUGGAGAAAAUUUAACAGACUACACUUUGUGCUUGUUAUCGAAAUGUAGGCAAUUGAGAGUCCUGAGUUUUUCAUUUUGUACCCUGAUGACAUCAGAGACACUAUUAUUUACAUCUCAGUUUUCAAAACUAAAACACUUAAAGUUACGUAAAGGGAUCAACUUUACUAAAGAAUCUUUAGUUUACUUUUUAAAAAGUAUGUCAGAAGAACAAGCUUCAAAAUUUAGGUAUUUGAACUUUGGAGAGUGUGUUUCAAUAACAGAUGAAUGUCUUAUGUACAUUGGGAAGAGAUUUUUUAACAUAAUAGAGUUGGAUCUUUCUUGGUGUUGGGAUGUAUCUGAUGAAGGGUUGUCCUUUAUAAUAAACAAUUGCUGUCAUCUGAAGAAGCUUCACCUACAAGGCAUGCAUGAAAUUUGUGGAUCUCAUUUCUCUAAAAUUGCGAGCUCUUUGAAAAAACUCGUAUUUUUAGAUUUAAGACAAUGUAAUAAAGUUGACGAUGAUUUUAUCGAUGGCUUGGUCAAGUGUAUGGAGAAUUUAGUGGUUCUAAAUUAUUAUGGAGAUAUAGUUGUUAACCGAAGUAAUAAAAAAAUGCACUUGAGUUGAGAAAUUGGUUGGUGAUAAAGUGAGCAUUCUCGCUUUUUCGUAAAUCUUUUGCUUUCAUUUGUUAUCAGCUGUAUUCAUUAAGGCACCUGAAUUUCUUAAGCAUUUGAAUUGCCUAAAUUUUCCAUGAAACCUGAAAACACACAUAACUUUAGUGUAAAAUGGAAAUUUUAAGCUCUGCAUUAUUAUGGCGCUUAUAGGCUGAAAAUAUCAAUAACUCAUUAAAUAGAAGUAACUAUAGUGAUUCAUAGGCUAAAAAUAUCAAUAAUUCAUUAAAUAGAAGUAACUAAAGCGAUCCAAUAGUUUUUUGUAAUCAAAAUGCCUUAAGCAGACGUUUGGAAACCGAUUCAACAUAUUUUAAACGAAAUCCGAGUUUAAACGUUACAUUAUAGUUUCAACCCCUCGUUGUUUCUUUAUAGUUUUUGCUUUAAAAUAUUUUUUUUAUUUUAAAAAAGUGUUUACGAUGGGUAUUUAUAUCGCAUAUGUUUAACGUAAAUUACUAAAAACUCUUUGAAAAAACGGAAUAAUACUGAGGAUAGAAACAAUAAAAAUAAACAAUCUAAACAUUCGUAACUGUUAGUAAAAAACGGAUAACUGAAAACCUUAAUUUAGCUAGAAAUUCGUUUUAAAAGAUCAUGUGGUUAGCAAAACCUAUGAAAACCUUGUUAAAGUCUGCGAUUAAAUGUUUUAAAAGAUUCAUUUUAACUAUGUUCCA